UGAAUUUGUUCCCAUUUAACUCCCUUAGGGAUGGAAUUUGAUUAUUAUAUGUAGUCUUAUGUCACACUCUGGCCCAUAAACUAUCUAUCGAUAUGCAAAAUCAUAAUAAUCCGUUGCUCCAUUGUUUUGUGAAAGGACAAGCAUACAAACACACUUUCAUAUUUAUAAUAUUAGUAGGGAUAACUUAAGUGUAAUUCCUAUGCACUGUAAAUAACAAAAAAUGUAUCCUGUUCUCAAGUCAGUUCAGCAUUCAUUGUCAUUGUCAGGGGUGGGUCAGGAACUUCGUAAACCAUUUUGUUAUUAUUUUUCACCUUUUCCCAGAACACAACUUUUCAUCCAGUACAGGUUUUCAGUCACCCUUGUAACGAUAUUCUGUUUGAGUUUGCAAUGAAAGCGGUAGAGCUGUUUAGUGUUGAGACUUGCUAUCACUGGUUGUUUACUCGGAUCACGAGGAAUAUGUGGUAACGUGUUUGCCAAUUUGCUGGCGCUGAGAGUCUUAAGUAACAUCCACACACACACACACGAAGAUGGUUGGCUGAGUGGUUUACCUUGUAUUUGUCGUCAUUUGCGGCAAUGUUUGUUGAUAAGGCUCAGCACAGCUGUUGUCUUAUCAGCUGCGCGGCUGCCUGAGUCCGUGACUUUAGGAGCUUCGUGUCGAAACACGUUUUCUUCGUGGCCGCUGCUUCGGGUUGUUGGGUGUGAGGGAGCUGUCGACCAUUGACUGACCUAGAGUGGAUGUCGCUCGGAACGUAAGGAUGGACGCUGGGAAAAAAUCUGAAAGGCCGGCCAACCCAAGGGCUACUGCAAAUCCACUCUCAGCAGCCUUGUUUAUCUGGACGUGGAAUGUGUUCCGGAAGGGCAUGCACAAGGAGAUGGAGGUGGAGGACCUGUUUGAGCCCCUGAAGGAGCACCGGGCCGACUUGCUCGGGGACAGCUUCGAGAGGGGUUGGAACAAGGAACUGAGCUGUAGGAAGCGUCCGAGCCUGCUGAGGGUUAUAGCCAAGCAGUUCAUCUGGGAGUACGCUGCGUACUGCUUCCCUGUCGUGAUCAUGGAGCUGGUCUUCAGAUUGGCACAGCCCAUGUUCCUCGGCCAGCUGAUCAGGUACUUUGAGCCGGACAGCGACAUCACCCUGAAGAUGGCGUACCUGAACGCGCUGGGGCUGGUCACGUGCAGCGCUGUGUUCAUCUUCGUGCGGCAGCCGUACAUGAUGGCCAUCUUCCACCUGGGCCUCAAGAUAAGGGUCGGCGUCUGCUCCCUCAUCUACAGGAAGUCCCUGCGGCUGACGCAGACGGCUCUUGGGGAGACUACGGUGGGCCAGGUGGUCAACCUGCUGUCCAACGACGUGAGUCGCUUCGAGACGUCCCUGAUCCACUCCCAGUACCUGUGGGUGGGCCCCCUUCAGGCCGUGAUCCUCACCUACUUCAUGUGGCGCUCCAUGGGCGUGUCUGCGGUCAUCGGCGUCGUGGCCACUCUCAGCUUCAUACCUCUGCAAGCGUUCAUCGGCAAGAAGGUGGCCGGGCUGCGAAUGCGCUGCGCGCUGAGGACGGACGAGCGAGUUCGACUCAUGAACGAGAUCAUCUCCGGCAUCCAAGUGAUCAAGCUGUACACCUGGGAGAUCCCGUUUGCCAAGCUGGUGGCCCGCGCCAGGCUAAAUGAGAUUCGGGCGAUCAGAACUGCGUCCUACCUGCGUGCAAUCAUGCUGUCAUUCGAGAGAUUCACCACUCGCCUGACUCUCUUCGUCACCAUCCUCUGCUACGUCUUGAUGGGGAACAUUGUCACUGCAGAGAAGGUUUUUGUUGUUGCAUCGUAUUUCGGUGUCCUCAGAACUACCAUGACAGACUUCUUUCCUCGGGGUAUAUUUCUGGGUGCGGAAACACUAGUUUCCAUCAAGCGUGUGGAGAAAUUCCUUCAGUACGAGGAGCUGGACACCCCUGAGCUGCCCAGCAGCCGGGAGAGCAAUAGCAAGACAGGAGCUGUUUCCAGGAGCGACAGGACUUCCGUCGUGGUACCGCAGACCAAAGAAGAGGAAGCAGCUGUUAACAACCGGCUGGAACACCUGGCCAUCGUUGUCAACGAUGCGACGGCCAAGUGGACGCCCGAGUCCAGCGAGAACACCCUGAGCGACGUCACGCUGAAGGUGUCGGCGGGCCAGCUGCUCGCGGUGAUAGGCCCGGUGGGCUCCGGCAAGACCUCGCUGCUGCUGACGCUGCUGCGGGAGCUGCCUCUAACCGGCGGCUCCAUCGCGGUCAAGGGCAGGAUCUCGUACGCCUCGCAGGAGCCGUGGCUGUUCGCCAGCUCCGUGCGCAACAACAUACUGUUCGGGGAGCCGUACGACAGGAGGCGGUACCAGCAGGUGGUGAAGGCCUGCGCCCUCGUCAGGGACUUCGAGCUGCUGCCGUACGGCGACAGGACGGUGGUGGGGGAGAGAGGUGUGUCCCUCAGCGGAGGCCAGAGGGCGCGCAUCAACCUAGCCAGGGCCGUGUACAAGCCGGCAGACAUAUACAUCCUGGACGACCCUCUGUCGGCCGUGGACGCGCACGUGGGCAAGCACCUGUUCGAGGACUGCAUCUGCGGCUUCCUGAGGAACAAGGCGCGGGUGCUCGUCACCCACCAGCUGCAGUUCCUCAGCCACGUCGACCACAUCGUCAUCCUGAACGAGGGUCGCGUCGAGGCCCACGGCAGCUACGCCCAGCUGCAGGAGAGCGGGCUGGACUUCGCCAAGCUGCUUGGGGACCAGGAGGGAGACAUGUCUGGGGAUGAGGGAGGCCUGGAGGACAUGGGAGCGGUGCUCCAUCACUCCGUCCCCCGCUCCAGGCGACACAGGGAUGUGUCCAUAGGGAGCAGCUCGUCGUCCAUCGAGGUGUGCCUGGGGGAGAAGAUGUCGCCCGAGGACGUGCAGGAGAUGCGCACGCGGGGGAAGAUAGAGCCGGCCACCUACGGGGCCUACCUGCUGGCCAGCCGGAAGUACGCGCUCGUCGCCGCGAUGCUGCUGGGCACCUUCGCGACCCAGGUGCUGUCCAGCGGCUCCGACUACUGGCUCUCCUUCUGGACGAAUACGGAGAGUCGGAGGGCUCUGGCGGAACUCCUGGCCAACAGCACGCAGAACGGCACUGCCGCGGACUCGUCGACAAACUCGACGUACGCAGCUGACGAGGGCAGCGGCGGUGAGCUGAUGACCACGGAGCUGUGCACGUACAUAUUCUCCGGCCUCACUGUGGGGUGCAUCGUGAUGCUUGUGUAUUCGACCUUCCUGUUCUUCUCCCUCUGCAUGAGGUCGUCGGUGAACCUCCACAACAGGAUGUUCGACACCAUCAUUCGCUUGCCGAUGAGGUUCUUCAACAUCAACCCGUCAGGACAGAUUCUGAACAGGUUCUCCAAAGACAUGGGAGCAAUCGACGAACAACUGCCACUAGUACUGAUUGACUGUAUUGCUAUCGCCUUCUUGAUAAUUGGCAUUGUGACGCUGAUCGCAACGGUCAACUACUGGAUCCUGCUGCCCACGGUGUUCGUGGUCAUCAUCUUCUACCUGUUCAGGAUCAUCUACGUUCACACGUCCCGCAGCGUCAAGCGGCUGGAGGGAAUCACGAACAGCCCUGUGUUCUCCCACCUGAAUGCUUCGCUGCAGGGACUCACCACCAUCCGAGCGUUCAAGGCCGAGAAGAUCCUGCAAGAGGAGUUCGACAGACAUCAGGAUCUCCACUCCACUGCUUUCUACCUUUUUAUAGCAUCAAGCCGAGCAUUUGGCCUGUGGUUGGACUUUGUGUGUCUUGUGUACAUCACAUGCGUCACGCUGAGCUUCCUGGUCCUGAGGCAUGAUACGUUUGGCGGGAGCGUCGGCCUGGCCAUCUCGCAGUCCCUGGGGCUGACCGGCACCUUCCAGUGGUUCAUGCGGCAGUCCGCCGAACUGGAGAACCAGAUGACGGCCGUGGAGCGAGUCAUGGAGUACAGCAGCCUGGAGGACGAAGGGCCUCUGGAGGCUCCGCCAGAGAAAAAACCACCCAAGGAAUGGCCAUCACAUGGAAGAAUUGUUUUCAAAAAUGUGUACUUGUCGUAUUCUUCCGAUGAGCCACCUGUUCUGAAGAACCUGAAUUUCACUAUCAACCCUUCAGAGAAGGUGGGCAUCGUGGGACGCACCGGGGCCGGCAAGUCCUCCCUCAUCGCGGCGCUGUUCCGGCUGACCAGCGUGGAGGGCUCCGUGCUCAUAGACGGCGUGGACACAAAGACCAUCGGCCUGCACGACCUGCGCACCAAGCUGUCCAUCAUCCCCCAGGAGCCGGUGCUGUUCUCCGGGUCGCUGCGCAAGAACCUCGACCCCUUCGACCAGUACUCGGACGACGUGCUGUGGAACACUCUGGACGAGGUGGAGCUGAAGGAAGUGGUGAAGGACCUGCCGGCCGGCCUGAACCACAAGAUGGCGGAGGGGGGCUCCAACUUCAGCGUGGGCCAGCGGCAGCUGGUGUGUCUGGCCCGGGCCAUCGUCAGGAACAACAAGAUACUGGUCAUGGACGAGGCGACCGCCAACGUUGACCCACGGACGGACGCCUUCAUCCAGGAGACGGUGCGGCGCAAGUUCGCGGACUGCACGGUGCUGACCAUCGCCCACCGCCUGCUGACCGUCAUGGACAGCGACAGGAUCCUCGUCAUGGACGCGGGCAGCGCGGUGGAGCUGGACCGCCCUCACGUGCUGCUGCAGAGCCAGUCGGGGUUCCUGUGGGGCAUGGUGCAGGAGACGGGCCGGGCCAUGGCCGAGACGCUGGCCAGGAUUGCCGAGAAGAGUUACCACGACAAGGCGAGCUAGAACCGCGUAACAUGCCACUUCUCUACUGCAAAACAACCUCUACAUUUGGGGGUUUAGGGACAAAGGUUUGCAAAUUAUUUCUGCAGACCGCAAAGUGUAACCCACCGUCCAUUGUGGUGUCAAAGCUGAGCCUGAGCUUCCGAGCAGUUGGGUGGCAGCACGAACAUGCUCUUGCUAGUUGUCAGCUGAUCAGUGUGUGUACUUGGGCGGUUCUUGUGUUCUCCAUAGAUCACUGGAGGCCUGCUUGUGUCUUGCCCUUACGUCAGCAGGGUUCACCACAAAGUUUAAACUUUCAGUAGAAUGCUUCAAUUGUACUACAGGGUUAUGGACAUGUUGGCCAGUAUUACUCUAAACUGCCAACCUUUGUUCAUUUAAAAAUUUGAAAACAAUAAUGAUAGUAAGGAUUUUAGUCAGUCAGGAAACUAUUACUUAAUACAUUUUAAUGUUUUUUUUUUAGUGGAAUAUUAUUGUAAUUAUUGUUGAUUCAUGUUCAUUAGUUGGAACUUUUUUUGUGUGUUUAUUGUAGAAAAUGUAUUUGUAAACACUACUUAUAUUUGGUAAAAAUUUUAAUUUUUUUUUUGUUUAGUUUAGUUUGUGAGAAGUGGAUGUUCUGUCAUAAUCUUCUGUUGAAUCUUGUAUGUGAUAAUUUUGAACUUUGUCUACUUAAAGGUCAGAUCUCUUCAUUAUUAUGAUUAUUUGAGUAUAAAAAUAUUUCUAAGAGUGUUCAUGGAGUGUUCUUAGUAGGUAUUAGUGACAAGUUUUUGCCAUUUUCAGAUGCAAAUUCACAAAUACAGAAUACGUUAGCAAUACGCCCAUAAUUUUAUAUAUGAAACUGUUGAUGGCUCUAUAUCACUUUAAUGAGAAUAUUGUCAAAAUCUUAAAAAAUAUGCCUGAAUUGACUAGGCAUGGGUCAGAAUGAAAGGUGUUUUUUGUAACUUUGCUAAGCUUAGGUAUGAAAUGUAGAAAAAAAUCAUUAGAUCUGUGUAUUUAUUAUUUUAUAAUAACAAAAGUAUUGUUUAUUGGUCAUAUUGUGGAUCUGAAAUCUUGCAGGUACAAUUGUGCCUUAUCAUAUAGUUUUCUGUAUUGUAUAUGAACUACACAGAGAAAUAUUUUUAGUUCUUUUGAUGUCAUAUUCCUAAAAAUCCUAUUUGUUCCCAUACUUAUAGAAAAUGGAUACACCAUGAUAUGUUAUUCUUCACUGUUUGUAUUUUUUUUUUUUAUGUGCUUGUAUAAUUCGUAGUUGCUACUCGUUAUUUUUAUUUUUGUUGCAUCUAAUAGCCUUAGGAUGGUACGUAUUUGACAUUGUAAGCAAUAGGGAUGUUUCCUGAUUUUUUUUAUGGAAACAUUUCAAUAUUUGAUUAUUUGUAAAAAUCAGGAGAGAAUUUAUUGUUAAAACAAAAAGUUCUUUCAACAAGACAUGCAAAAUGAUCAAGUGGUGUUUUGCAUGAGUAAAUGCAUUAAGACAACUUCACUGAAUUUAGCAAAUUAAAGCCAUAAAUAAUGUUUAAAAUCUCUGCAUUAUGUAACUAACACUUAAUUACAUAGGUUUGUAAUGUGCACGUGUACAAGAGAAUACAGUAUUACACAAUAUUACAGUAAAACCUACGUAAUUUUAGGUUUCAAAAUACAGUACUGCAUAAAUUGAAGUCUUUGUCAUCCCCGAAGAGUGAGAAUAGGCUUUUGUGUUUGUUUGGUUGGAAUUUCAGAAAGAAAAAACGUAAUUGAAAGUAAAUUUUUCUUUAAAAGUUUAUAAACGUGCAGUUUUUAUACCAAAUGAUGCGCAACACCAACAUUCGCUGAAUUCAUGCGCAGGGUUGGAUGUGUGUGUGCUCUGUGGGGGAGGGGGGGAAUUCAGGAUGGGCUGACAAUUUUUUUUAUUACAAAAAAUGUGAAAAUACUAGGGGUGUGCGGGUACCUGAAAUUUUCGAUUUUGGUUUGGUUCCAUGAAUACCCGAACUCGCCCCAAUUAUCUUAAUUAGGGGUGUGCGGGAUCCCGACACUUUGUGAAAAAAGUCGGGAAAAUGGGCUUCCCGAAAUGCCGGGCGGGAAUUUUAUUACUCCCGAAUUUUUCGGGAAAUUGUUUAAAAAUUUACAAAUGUUUACUAAUCAUGUGAAAAUGUUUUCUAUCAAUUCAAACUGUUUUUAAAACAAUAUUUGUUAUGGAUUCGUACAUUUUUGAAGGGUUUCUGUACUAUGUAAACGCAAAACAUCUUUUAAACGUAUGCCGAUCGUAGCGACAGCUGUGGUGUGCAGUGAAUUAUGAUAAUCGUUUACACAUAUCUAAUUGGAAUAUAAAAAACGUACAUGGAGUACUUUAAAUAUUGUAUGCGUUCAUAAACAUAUUUCUUCAAGGGUACAAAUUUGCAAGAUACGUGAAUAGUCAGUUAUAUAACGUUAUUGCCGUUAGCUACAAGUGUAGCCGAUAUUGCUACGCGAGGAUGGUUUGUUAGAAAUAUGGUUUUCGGCCCCCUCGAAAUGACUAAUGUUUCUUUCAGACUGCUAUCAUGGAAAAAAUACCAACCCGAGUGCAUAAAAGUGGUAAGGUUCUUGACGUGCGUGAAAGUGUCAUGUCGAUCGUCUUCACAUUUCAGCCAAACCAAAUGGAAAAGAAAGCAUCAGCGAGGGAGUUAGCUGCAAGUCUUAAUUAAUUGUGUUUCCUACAGCAACCCACAAUAAAUUACAAAUUUAGUUCUUAACUUUUAAAGUAUUGUAUAUCUAUGUUUAACUAUGUUUAACUAAGCUGCCCAGUCGAGCAAAUAGUGCACUACCUUUAAAUGAUAAAUUACCGUAAAGCAUUAUCGCAUCUUUGUAUCAUUAAGAUCUGCGCUGUGUUGCACCGUACGUGAGAUUGUUCUCGGCCAAUGUUUUCCGAACGGCAUGAAGACUUCCAGGCCGUUGUUAUCUGCGGAGCAGGAAAGGCGGGACGUGUUGAUUACAAGGUCGCUGAGCUCUAGGGAGUCGACCCGCCAAGACGUCGCGCCUCUACAGUACUGGAGCUGUGGAUGUAGUGUGGUAUCAGUGACACAUAGUUUUGGCGUGCCAUUGAAAUAUUGUGAUCUCUAGACAUUUUUUUAAUAAUUUUCUUUUUUUUAAGAUCUGCAUUGUUUGUGUUAAAAAUAAAAGUACCGUAUUUACUCGCAUAAUGUCCACAGUAAUUAGGCUACAUUUUUGACCAAAAAAAAUGAGGUGCGGACAUUAUGAGGUGAAGUCCGGAAAAAGAAAAUUUUUCCCUCAAAAUUUUACGUUUUGUGUAGAGUAAAAAGAUUGUUCUCUCAUAAUUAGUUUACUAGCAGAGCGCUGGUGACUGGCGACCCUCCGCAGCGGACGUGAGAAAUGUGACAGGUGACGAGAUAAUUGGGUGCCGGCGAUUAGUGGAAGACGCCACUCAUAUUUUUUUUCUUCUCUCACUCGCGUGUGCGCACGCUUUGCGUGAAAAGAUAUUUUUUUAAUCUUUCAUUGAGAUGGCCACUGACGGCACAGGGCAAAUGUCUAAUGUCUGCAUUAGCCGGUGCCGGCGAGCCUCCCUCCCUCUCCCUUGCCCACUGUGUGUAUAAAAAAAAACCUGCGCAUGUACCCCCACCACUUCUCCGCUACCUCCCCUACUUUGUGACGUAGUGUGAGUUGACGUGUACUGACUUGUGCUAUAUAUAGCCCAUCCCCUUGCAACUGGCGUGACGUCGCAGGCAGCUGCGCAGUGGAAUGCGAGUUUCUGAGUCUGGACGGUUUCACCACGCUACAAAACCCUCUCAGCGACCGCUCCGGAGAAAUGAACAACUCAAGGUCAAAGCAUUGUUGACAGCGUCUGUAAUUUUCCAUCCCGUUACUGUGCCUUUCAGGGGUGGCCGAGGUUGCUUUGUCUGGUGCGGACUUUAUGCUGUAAAAAAUUCCAUUUCAAGUACCUAUUUAAAAAGAAAGGUGUGGACAUUAUGCGAUGGCGGACAUUAUGCGAUUAAAUACGGUAUCUUGCAUCAUAUUUCAGCAUAAUGUAACAUGAAAAUACCCUUAGAAAAAAAUUUUUUAUAAAAAAAAUGUAUUUAAACUAAAAACAUGUUUAUUCUGAUAACGGUUUGUUAUAUACAAAAUAAAACAGUUAAACGCCGAUUGCAAAUUUUGAUGUUUUUAUUUUUUUUUUUAAAUAGAAUGUUGCACAGACGAUUUCAAACACUUUCAAAAGAGGUUACUCAUUCAGUCCACAUACGUCUGCCCGUCGAAAAACUGCUGGUAGCUCGCAUGACGAGAAAUUACCGAAAAAUAAUAGCGUAGAUGAAGUCCUUCAGUAAUGUUUUACUGCAAGUACACGAAGAUGGCGCGACCUGGAACAGGGCCGCACCCAGCGAAAACGAAUCUCGCCCCGAGCCAAAACGCCUACGAAGGUGGCCGUAAUUUAUAAUUAUACCCGAAACGAAAUAUAUAAAAAAUUAGGUUGAUUUAAUAAUAGGCCUGGCUCCGACCACCAACGUGAAAUUAUCUCUUCAUAAAUUACAUUAUAAUUUAGCGAGAAGCCAUCGAACGCGACCUACUCGUCCAGCGUUCGAUAGACGACUGGUGAAAUCUGGCCACACUCUUCUCCACGCAGGGAGGAGAAGUCACCUGACCUCACCGACCAAUCACACGCACUCUUCAUUCACGCUACAGAUAUUAGCCAAUCACAGAACAAGUUACAACACAUGAAAAAAUCUUUUACAUACAGAACUCUGGACUUCCCCUAAUCUGUCUCUUUUCAAUUUCACAUAGAAAUCGGGGACUUCCAUUCUCGUUCUCUCUCCCACACCGUGAGACAGCAGUUAUCACUCAGUUCCCAUGCAGGGGGGGAAUUACCGUCUUUAUCUCGGUUGGCGGGGAAGCACUGUUCCUUUCUCACUCCCACUUACAGGCCUCUCAUGCCUCUCUUUCUAACCACCACUCCAGCCCAGACACAGUCCCGUGAUUUAUAAUUAUAUUACAACACGUUAAUAAAAAUUAAGAAUAAUAAUUAUAAUACCAAUUACUUUACAAAAUUAAACUUAUUGAGAAAAACCUGAAUAAGUAGGCCUAAACAGGUAAAAAUCUAGAACAGCGACUUCCUUGUGAAUAAUUACAUAAAAAAUAGUAUUGAUUGAAAAUGUCUAAUAAAAUAAUAAAUACCUUCUUAAAACACAUAGCAAGCAAAAAAUAUCAACCCUAAAAUAUAUAACAAACGGUAAAAUAUCAUUAAAAAGAUUUUUUAAGAAAUAUUUACAUGCAUAAAAAUAGUUUAAAAGAAAAAUUAUUUAAUUAGGAGGGCAGGGUUCUGCAACAUUACAUUCUUCAUAAUUGAAUUGAUUAAAUUUUAAAACUUAAGUCUGAGAAAUAAAAUUCACAAUUAUGUUGCUUCAGUUUUAUGUUAAUUGAAAUCACUGCUGAGCAUUUCCGAAAAGACUGAUAAAUCUGACACACUUGAUUGUUCUAAUUUUUCCAAUAUCACAGACGAUCGAUGAUGACUCAUUGUGAUCUCGUUGCCCUGCGGCAAUAACGUAAUCCGCUGUUUACGUCCGGUCUUUCCCUUGCCAGGAAUGUUGCCUGCAAGGGAAAUAAGUUACUAGUGAAACACCAACCCCACUACUACUGCUAUAUUAAUGGUGAUACGUUUUUGAGAGAAGUUGUAGAACAUUACUGUAGUUAAAAUCACCUGUACAUGAUAAAUAUAACUUUAUUCAGGUAAUUGAAAAUUAUACAAAUUUAAUUUCAAUGGGUUUGUUUUGAGGACUUUAAUACAAAAAUACAGUGUUACUGUUUUUUUUUUUAAGUUGUGAACACAUGAAAGGCAGCAUGUAGUGUAAUAGACACAUUAAAGCUAAAAAAAAAAAAAAAAAA